AAUUCACAACUGCUACAAAUUACCUUCAUGCUCGGCUACCACCUAAACUUUCCGAACCAAAAGUAGCAAUCAUAUGUGGUUCAGGACUUGGACAAUUAGCUGAUGUUAUCACUGAUAAAGUGGAAUUCUCUUAUGAAGAUAUACCAGGGUUUGUCUCCAGUACAGGCCUACUUGGUGAUAAAAAAACACAAACAAUUUGUAUGGUUGGAAGAUUUCAUUUUUAUGAAGGGUAUACAAUUGAACAGAUCACAUUUCCUAUAAGAGUUUUUAAGAUGUUAGGUGUGGAAGUAUUGAUUGGUAAUAGAGACUUCAAAGUUGGCACGGUAGGUAUAAUAAGUGAUCACGUUGCCCUUCCUUGUUUAGUCGGAAACAAUCCCCUACUUGGCCCAAACAUCUCUGCUUUCGGAACGAGAUUUCCUCCAAUGUCCGAUGCAUACGAUUAUAAUCUUCGUGUAAUUGCAUUCGAAGCUGCUAAUUCCCUGAAAUUUCCCAAAGAAACUUUGAAAGAAGCUAUAUACACUUUUUAUAGUGGACCUUCGUUUGAGACCAGGGCUGAGGCAAGGUUAUUUAAAUCGAUAGGUUGCGAUUUAAUUGGUAUGUCCACUGUCCCUGAGGUUAUUGUGGCAAGGCAUUGUGGCAUUAGGGUAUUGGCUUUGAGUUUGGUGACUUGUAUGGUAGCUAUUGGGAAAGAUAAAUGCGCGGAUCCGGCAGAACAGAAUUUGGAUGAUAUAAAGGACCCACAAGUGAGUCACGAGGAGGUACUUCAGAUUGGUAAAGAGAGAUCCUUAGAUAUGCAGAAAUUGGUUGGAACUAUUGUGGAUUUAAUCGCAUCUACUUGA